AUGCCGGGUUCUCAAAGUGCAGCUGUUCUAACAGGGAACAGUAAUAGUAGCUACUUCAUAAUGGAUGGUAGUGAUUCGCAGAAUGCAGAUAUGAUGGAUUUCGACGACGGUUCUGGUCCAGCAGAUCCACGACUCGAAAAGCAACAACAGCAGUUAUUGCAUGCAGAUUUUUAUAAUGAUUUUGGUGAUCUGUUCGAUAAUGUUAAAGAAGUAAUACGAAAUCGUGAAAAGUACGACAGCAAAGGUGUAUUGGAUGGGAAUAGAGGAGUGGACACCAAAGAAAUAUUACGAAUUGGUAGGAAAAGCAAAAAUCAACAUUUUGGUGGCGAUGUUGAAUUACCUGGUGAUCCAGAUCCGAAUACAAUUUUUAAAUUAGAUGAAAUUGGGAAUUUUGAACCGAAAGAGACACAGUUGCAGCCAGGGGAUUAUGGAGAAAUGGGUGAACCAGUUCUUAUAGAUAAAACUUUGACGGAGGUUAAGGAAGCGAUGAGAGAAUAUGGUUUCAAUACUUACGUGAGCGACAUGAUUUCUUUAAAUCGAAGUAUUCCUGAUGUGAGGAUGGAUGAAUGCAAAUAUUGGCAUUACCCGGAAGAUUUACCCACUGCAAGUAUCGUCAUCGCCUUUCAUAACGAAGCUUGGACACCAUUACUGCGCACUGUCCAUUCUGUUUUAUUGCGUUCUCCACCACACUUGAUCAAAGAAAUCAUCAUGGUUGAUGAUUUUAGUGACAAAGAACAUCUAAAAGAUCGUUUGGAUGUCUACUUAAAGCAAUUCGAUGGAAAAGUAAAGUUGGUUCGGAAUUCUGAGCGCGAAGGACUUAUUCGUACGCGAAGUAUAGGAGCUAAAGAAGCGGUUGGUGAUGUAGUCAUAUUUCUGGAUGCACACUGCGAGGUAAACGUUAAUUGGUUACCUCCACUUCUUGCACCAAUACGUCAGAACAGAAAAGUUAUGACAGUACCGGUUAUAGAUGGCAUUGACAAGAACGACUGGUCUUAUCGAAUAGUUUACGGCUCUGCGGAUAAACAUUAUCGUGGUAUUUUCGAAUGGGGGCUUUUAUACAAAGAAACUGAGCUAUCAUCGCAAGAAUUACUACGAAGAAAACAUAAUAGUGAACCAUUUAGGUCUCCAACUCAUGCAGGUGGCUUAUUUGCUAUUAAUAAAAAGUGGUUCGAAGAGCUAGGUUAUUAUGAUCCUGGGCUACAAAUAUGGGGAGGUGAACAAUAUGAACUUUCGUUCAAAAUCUGGCAAUGCGGAGGCGGAAUUUUGUUUGUGCCAUGUUCGCAUGUUGGCCAUGUGUACCGGUCACAUAUGCCUUAUGGUUUCGGGAAGCUCUCUGGAAAACCAGUUAUUUCAACUAAUAUGCUUCGUGUCAUAAAAACAUGGAUGGAUGAAUAUGACAAGUAUUACUAUAUUCGAGAGCCGUCGGCAAGACAUCGCUUGUCGGGUGACAUAAGUUCACAGCUCAAGCUUAGGAAAAGCUUGAAGUGUAAAUCUUUCAAAUGGUAUAUGGAAAAAGUUGCUUACGAUGUUGUUGUAUCUUAUCCCUUUCCACCGGAAAAUCACGUUUGGGGUGAAGCAAAAAAUCACGCUACAGGAAAAUGUAUUGACACUAUGGGCCGACCUGUACCGGGUAUUGUUGGUGCAACUCCGUGUCAUGGUUAUGGUGGAAAUCAGUUGAUCAGAUUGAAUAGAAAAGGCCAGUUGGCACAGGGAGAAUGGUGUAUAACUGCCGUACAUGGGAAUUUAAUCACGAACCAUUGCAUAAAAGGGACAGUUGAUGGACCCUUUACUUAUAAUGAGGAAAGCGAGCAAAUAAUUAUCAGGAACUUGUGCCUAACAGCAGCUAAAUCCAUAUCCAGUUCGGUACUAUCAAUGGAAAAAUGUGAUUCGGAAAAUCAAUGGCAGAAAUGGAAAUGGCGAGAAAUAUAUAUUGAUUAA